AUGGGUCUCUCUUCCUUAAGAUAUAUUAGAUCAGAUGAAAUACCAAAAAAUGCAUCAUAUCUUUUAGAGAGUCUUAAGAAAGUGAAUAGUCAUAUCAAGAAGUUGGUAAUUCUAAGUUGGAAGUAUCUGUUGAUAGCCAUGUUGGUUAGAGAUUAUCUCACCAGAAGGCCAUCCAAAGGAUUCUUCAUGGCACAACAACAGGGUGGCUGGAAACAUUAG